GGGCGGCGGCGGCGGCGCGAGCGGCGGGCGACGCGGGGCGGUCCGGCGGGUUCAAAGAGGAAAACAUGGCGGAAAACAAAGGCGGCGGUGAGGCAGAGAGCGGCGGCGGGGGCAGCGGCAGCGCGCCGGUAACCGCCGGGGCCGCGGGGCCCGCGGCGCAGGAGGCGGAGCCGCCUCUCGCGGCGGUGCUGGUGGAGGAGGAGGAGGAGGAAGGCGGCAGCAGGGCUGGCGUGGAGGGCGGUGCAGCGGCUGGGCCCGACGACGGGGGGGUGACCGCGGCCUCCUCAGGCUCGGCUCCGGCCGCCUCGGUCCCCGCGGCUUCAGUGGGCUCCACGGUUCCCGGGGGCGCGGCAUCGACGCCGGCCCCAGCUGCAGUGUCGGCUCCGGCCCCGGGUCCUUCGUCGGGGCCGCCUCUCGGGCCACCAGCCUCGCUCCUGGACACCUGCGCGGUGUGUCAGCAGAGCUUGCAGAGCCGGCGUGAGGCGGAGCCCAAGCUGCUCCCCUGCCUGCACUCCUUCUGCCUGCGCUGUCUGCCGGAACCCGAGCGCCAGCUCAGCGUGCCCAUCCCCGGGGGCACCAACGGCGACGUCCAGCAAGUUGGUGUAAUACGGUGUCCAGUUUGUCGUCAGGAAUGCAGACAGAUAGAUCUUGUGGAUAAUUAUUUUGUAAAAGACACAUCUGAAGCUCCUAGCAGUUCUGAUGAGAAGUCAGAACAGGUUUGUACUAGUUGUGAAGACAAUGCAAGUGCAGUUGGUUUUUGUGUAGAAUGUGGAGAGUGGCUAUGUAAGACAUGCAUUGAAGCACAUCAAAGAGUAAAAUUCACUAAAGAUCAUCUAAUCAGGAAAAAAGAAGAUGUCUCAGAGUCUGUUGGAGCAUCUGGUCAGCGCCCUGUAUUUUGUCCUGUACAUAAACAAGAACAGCUGAAACUGUUUUGUGAAACAUGUGAUAGGCUGACAUGUAGAGACUGCCAGCUAUUGGAGCACAAAGAACAUAGGUAUCAGUUUUUGGAAGAAGCUUUUCAGAAUCAGAAAGGUGCAAUUGAAAAUCUGUUGGCUAAGCUUCUUGAAAAGAAGAAUUAUGUUCAUUUUGCAGCUACACAAGUGCAGAAUAGGAUUAAAGAAGUAAACGAGACGAACAAACGAGUAGAGCAGGAAAUUAAAGUGGCCAUUUUUACCCUUAUCAAUGAAAUUAAUAAGAAAGGAAAAUCUCUCUUACAGCAGCUAGAGAAUGUCACAAAAGAAAGACAAAUGAAGCUACUGCAGCAGCAGAAUGAUAUCACAGGCCUUUCCCGGCAGGUGAAGCAUGUUAUGAACUUUACAAACUGGGCCAUUGCAAGUGGCAGCAGCACAGCACUACUGUAUAGCAAGCGUCUGAUUACUUUUCAGUUACGUCAUAUUUUGAAAGCACGAUGUGAUCCUGUUCCUGCUGCCAAUGGAGCAAUUCGUUUCCAUUGUGAUCCUACCUUCUGGGCCAAAAAUGUAGUGAAUUUAGGUAAUCUAGUAAUAGAGAGUAAGCCAUCUUCCGGUUAUACUCCUAAUGUUGUAGUUGGGCAAGUUCCUCCAGGUACAAACCACAUUAGUAAAACCCCUGGACAGAUUAACUUAGCACAGCUUCGACUCCAGCACAUGCAGCAACAAGUGUAUGCACAAAAACAUCAGCAGUUACAACAAAUGAGAAUGCAGCAACCGCCAGCUCCUAUACCAACAACAUCAACAACAACACAGCAGCAUCCGAGACAAACAGCCCCACAGAUGUUGCAACAACAGCCUCCAAGAUUGAUCAGUGUGCAAACAAUGCAAAGAGGCAACAUGAACUGUGGAGCAUUUCAAGCCCAUCAGAUGAGACUGGCUCAGAAUGCUGCCAGAAUACCAGGGAUACCCAGGCACAGCGGCCCUCAGUAUUCCAUGAUGCAGCCACACCUUCAAAGACAACACUCAAACCCAGGGCAUGCUGGACCCUUUCCUGUUGUAUCAGCACACAACCCAAUCAACCCAACAAGUCCUACCACAGCAACUAUGGCAAAUGCCAAUCGAGGUCCCACCAGCCCAUCUGUUACAGCAAUAGAACUAAUUCCCUCAGUCACCAAUCCAGAAAACCUUCCAUCAUUGCCAGAUAUUCCGCCUAUACAGUUGGAAGAUGCUGGCUCAAGUAGUUUAGAUAAUCUACUGAGUAGAUAUAUCUCAGGCAGUCAUCUACCCCCACAGCCUACAAGUACCAUGAAUCCUUCCCCAGGACCCUCUGCGUUAUCACCUGGAUCUUCAGGCUUACCCAAUUCUCACACACCUGUGAGACCCCCUAGUACAUCUAGCACUGGCAGUCGAGGCAGCUGUGGGUCAUCAGGAAGAACUACUGAGAAAAGUGGUCAUAGUUUCAAAUCCGAUCAAGUGAAGGUCAAGCAAGAGCCUGGGACUGAAGAAGAGAUAUGCAGCUUUUCAGGAGCUGUGAAACAAGAGAAGACAGAGGAUGGCAGGAGGAGUGCCUGUAUGUUGAGCAGUCCUGAGAGUAGUUUGACACCACCUCUUUCAACUAACCUUCAUCUAGAGAGUGAGCUGGAUACAUUAGCAGGCCUGGAGAACCAUGUGAAAACCGAGCCUACAGAUAUGAAUGAAAGCUGCAAACAGUCAGGACUCAGUAACCUAGUUAAUGGAAAGUCUCCAGUUCGAAACCUCAUGCACAGGUCGGCAAGGAUCGGAGGAGAUGGUAAUAGCAAAGAUGAUGACCCAAAUGAAGACUGGUGUGCCGUCUGCCAGAAUGGAGGCGAUCUCUUAUGCUGUGAAAAAUGUCCAAAGGUCUUUCAUCUUACUUGUCAUGUUCCAACACUUCUCAGCUUUCCAAGUGGAGACUGGAUAUGCACAUUUUGCAGAGAUAUUGGGAAGCCAGAAGUUGAAUACGAUUGUGAUAAUAUGCAACACAGUAAGAAGGGGAAAACUGCACAGGGCUUAAGCCCCGUGGACCAAAGGAAAUGUGAACGUCUCCUGCUUUACCUCUAUUGCCAUGAAUUAAGUAUUGAAUUCCAGGAGCCUGUUCCUGUUUCGAUACCAAACUACUAUAAAAUUAUAAAGAAACCAAUGGAUUUAUCGACGGUGAAAAAGAAGCUUCAGAAAAAACAUUCCCAGCAUUACCAAAUCCCAGAUGAUUUUGUGGCUGAUGUCCGUUUGAUCUUCAAGAACUGUGAAAGGUUUAAUGAAAUGAUGAAAGUUGUUCAAGUUUAUGCAGACACACAAGAGAUUAAUUUGAAGGCUGAUUCAGAAGUAGCUCAGGCAGGGAAAGCAGUUGCAUUGUACUUUGAAGAUAAACUCUCAGAGAUCUACUCAGACAGGACCUUCGCUCCUUUGCCAGAGUUUGAGCAGGAAGAGGAUGAUGGCGAAGUGACAGAAGACUCUGAUGAAGACUUUAUACAGCCUCGCAGAAAGCGCCUAAAGUCAGACGAGAGACCGGUGCACAUAAAAUAAAGUGACGUGGAUUUAAAUCAGUUGUUUUUAAGAAGAAAGAACAGAAGAAGGAAACAAAACAAAACGCUCUUUUAUUUAAGUGUUACUGGAAUAUCCUGUGUACAGUGGGUACCUCCUUAAAGAAGCUGGUAGCUUUCAUACAGUAUUAGAUUGAAAUAAUGGACACAGAAAACAUUGUUGUCAAGAAACGGGGAGAGCUCUGCAACUUUAAAGUAAGAGCAAAUUCAGACGUGAAAGAGUUUGAAAAUGGUUUUCUGGCUGUUAGAAACCUACAUGAUCAUGUGUGUUAAUUGGUGCAGGAUACUGAGUCAGGCAAUCCUAUCAUGUGUCUCUACUAGAACACACAGUUACUCAGACAACUUCUAAGCCUCCUCCUACAUAGACACCAAUGAGUUGUUUUCUGGUUGAAAAUGGAGUAGAUCGGUUUCCACUUGAAUGCCAGAAAAAUGCAUUGAAUCAUGCCACUGUAUUUUGUCUCAUUUUGAUCUAUUGGGCCUUGGUUUAGUUUUAUUUUCUACUUAGAUGUAGGGUCUAGGAACAUAACCAUUGAACAUCUAGUCAGCUUCAAUGGUGUACUGAAAUGAAUGUGAUUACAACUUUGAGUAGUGGAUCACACAGAUUGAUAGAAAGUCAUUUCCAGGAAACCCUUCUAAACAUCACCCGAUCAUACAGUUAGUUACUCCCUCAAGGCAGAACAUUUAUUUCAGAACUUUCUGUAUUUGUAAAUUAGAUUGAAAAGGUAACAACUGACUCUCGCCCAGUCUUUCUUUGUACCAGUUUCCAGUAGACCAUUAUUGGUAAACAGAAAUCUGUCAGCUACCAAAUGUGUACAAUUUUCUGUAUUUCACUUUGUCUUAUUUGUAAAUAGUGAGCUCAGACUUCUGGCAGAUCGGCAACAUUUGCUGAGCCUGUUUUUUAAGCUAAUGUGUAUUCUUACUAAUGUUCCUAUCAAGAAUGGAUUUGUAAUAUAUGCUGUCUAUUUCUAAUGUUCACAUUCAUAUUUUGAGGUUCUAUCUUAUUUUAAUAGAGAACAGACUUCUCAAAAAAAUCUUCAGAAGCAGCUUAUUAUUGAAAUAUCAAAAUAUUGAAAUAAACCCGGUGGGGUUAGAUUACUCAUCUGUCCACCAAGUGGGACAUGUGCAUGGACUGGGGGCUUUAAAUGACUUAGAAGAGAGACCUGUAAGUAAAUCCUGAAAACGAGCCAAUCCCCACUUGAAUGCUAAUUGGAGUAAACCCAACUUUAUUUACUACCUGAUGACAGGAGUAGUACCUGAAGCAGAAAGACCAACUUGAUCUGGUUUAUUUUCUCCUCUUUGUUGUGAUGCUCAAAUCAAGUGUGCUCUAGACUGUGUGCGCAUCUCCGUUGGAUUAAAAGUUGUAGUCCUACUUCUGUAUGGACACAGUAGAAUUAUAAAGUGACCAAAGUAGAAUUCAACAUCAGAAAUGUUUCAGGUGUCAGCAGAUGUGUGGCAAAUCAUUUGCCUCUUAAAAUCAGUUUAAGCAGUUCAGACUGUAGACUUCCUCAGAAAAAUUUGACGUAAUUGUCGAAGAAGUGAAUAUUUUUAGUGUGCAUUGAAUCAAAUAAAGUGCUCUAAAGAAAUUA